AUGGAUUUAUCUCGGAAGUUCUUGCAGAAAUACAUUGAAAAAGACCAUGAAAACCCUUCUGAGCAGCUUAAAAUUAAAUACUCCGCAGUUAGAUUACCUAAGCUAAAGCUUCUAAGAUCUAUAGACGUCAGCCCAAUGCAAAAAAGAAAAGGAUUUAGUAAUUCUCCCCUGGAAGAUUUAUAUAAACCUAAACUAAUUAACCAAUCUGCUACAAUAAUCAAAGACCUAACUCCCCCCAUCCUUGAUCGAACGACUCGCCAUCGUUCGAUCAAGGAUGGGGGUUAAUAAACAUUUUUUUUGGAAAAAAAUUUUAUAUUAAAAUAAAAACUAUAUAUAUAUAUAUUAUUUUUUAUUUACUUUUAAAUAAGAGGUUUAAGAGUAUUUAAUAAUUAGUUUUACAGCAAAAAAUUGAAUUAAUUUCAUAAAAAUACCAAUUUUAAUAUUUUGAUUUAUUAGUUACCCCUUUAAACUGUAUAAAUUUUAAUUUGUUCCUUAUUAAAUUAAAUUUUUUAUUUUUAAAAUUUUAAAAAAUCUCUAUUUUAUUAGAUUAUUAAGUUUUUAAAGCCUAGGUUGAUGACUAAAUCACUUUGAAUGGUUGAUUCCAAAGCUUUCUGUCGUCUUAAAGUCUCUGAAAACAACUUCAUUAGGUACAUCUUCCCAAGCUUUUGAUAACUAAUGUAUUUUUAUAUAUAUAAAAAUUGUCAUGAUAUGAAAAUCGUUCGAUCAAGGAUGGGUGGUCAAGCAUAGGUAGCAACCCUACACCCCCACCCCCCAAAUAAGGGGAACCCCCACCCCCCCUAAAAAAUGGUACCCCCACCCCCCCUUUCACAGAUGGCACCCCCACCCCCCCUCUUUAUAGAAGUAAUUAAUAGGAAACAAGCAAAAUAAAUUAAAUAUAACCCAAUUAAAACGCUAUAUUGAUAAAUUAAGUCCACAAAUUACUUUAUAUUUAUGAUUAAUUAAUAAAUUUAAAUUAAUUAGCAAUUAAUUAGAAAAUAUAUUAUUAAUUUUGUUUUUUAUAUUUAUAAAUAUAAUGCCAAAGAUAUAGAUAAUGGCAUUAAUUAUUAAAUGAGCCAAGCACAACACAAUAAAUUGCAUUAAAUUUAUUGAUUCAUACAUUAAAGCUAAUCUAAUGUCCAUUUUAUAAGGAUUGCAGGACUGAAUUGGUAACAGGAUUCAAUAGUGGUAAUAAAAAUAUUAUUUGCUAUUGUCAGUUUUACUUUUGGAUCUCUAAUUCGACUUUUAGCCAUUGUUCCCAAAGUUCAUAAAUAUAUGCAGGAUAUAUUGCUAAUUAAUACCAAAGAUCAUUAUUAUGCUCGCUAACAAAUUUUCAUAUGUGGUGUGCUUAGUAGUUAUAGGAAAUUCUCACCUCAUUCCACCUACUCCUUAAUCGAUUGUGCUACGCUAUGUGGAUAUUGUAUAAAUCAGUAAUUUUGAAUAUUUAAAAUAAUAAUUUAUUUUAUUGCGUCUGCUCUAAAUUGGCAUUUGUCAUAUAUUUAUGCUAUAUUAAGGGGGGGGUGCCAUCUGUGAAAGGGGGGGUGGGGGGUACCAUUAAAAAAGGGGGGAUAGGGGUACCGCUUUUAGGGGGGUGGGGGUGUAGGGUUGCUACCUGUGCUUGACCAGAUGGGGGUUAAUUUCCCAAAUUUUUAGGAAUUUUUACAGUCAAUCGUUCGAUCAAGGAUGGGGGGGAGUAAGCUCAUUUGUUACAGAAUUCCCUAAUCACAGGAAAAGAAAAUCUCAACAGUUUGAGCCAGAUGAGACUAAAUCAAGUAUUUUCAAUGAUAUUACACUUGAUGAGCAAACAAAUUUAAGCCAAAGAGAAGAAGAUGUGGAAGAAAAGCCAAAACCAAAGAAAAAAAUUGUAUGUCUAAGCAUACCACAAGUUGUUUAUCAACCAGAUGAAGAUGAAAAUUAG